CAAAGAAAUCAGACAAUGGCCGACAACAAAAAAACCAAGACAAGCAUGUCUGUAAAACCAGCAAUUAUUACAAACUCUCACAAUGUGACUUAUAGUCUAGUAUCGUGUGAUUAACUCAGAACAAUUUUACGAUAAACUGUGUUUUUGAACGGGGAAAAGACCAACGCUGAUGCCCGUACACUAAAGCCAGAGCCCACCGAACAAAGCGCCGUCAAAACUACACACACGGCCCCAGCCUUUCAUGUCAAAUCCACGCUGUGAAAAUAUUCCCGACUCGGCAGCAGCGGUGUGAUCCUUUUUUGGCAAUCACUGAAACACAACAAAAUCUAACCCCGAUUUCCCCCCCAAUCUACGCGGCUGAUAUAUGUUCUUGAUGAAGAAAACCAUGAAGAUGGCGGAGUCCAGUGAACACUCGGCGCUGCUGGAAGAACGGAAGGAAGAAUCAGAAAAUGACGAUGACGAGAUCGAGAGCGAAUCGGAUGACGAUGAAGACAGCAUUGAGUCUGAAGAACCUAAAUUGAAAUAUGAGAGAAUACGCAACACGUUGGAGGACAUCCUAAGCAAGGACGCUGCUAGCUGUAUGGCCGUACACACCAAGUUCAUGGCAGUGGGGACACACUGGGGCAUGGUGCAUGUUCUUGAUCUUCAAGGUAACAACAUAGAGGGCAAGGAGUUUGCUAAGCACAGUACAACAGUGAACCAGAUAAGCUUAGACAGCAACGGAGAUUACCUGUCUAGUUGUUCAGACGAUGGAAGAGUUGCAAUCACUGGUCUGUACGAAGAUGAGUUCAAUCAAAUUCAAUCAUUUGAUUGUCCAGUUAAGUCGCUGGCUUUAGAUCCGAGGUUUUCUAGACAAAGUAGCGGACGGCAGUUUGUAACUGGGAGUGAUAAACUUACGUUACACGAAAGAGGCUUCUUCAAUCGCAGCAAGUCAACCAUUCUCCACCAGGGAGAGGGGCCUAUCCGCACCGUCAAAUGGAAGGGCUGCUUCGUUGCUUGGGCAAACGAUUUGGGAGUUAAGGUUUACGACUUGUCGUCAAAGCGUCGCAUCACGUUCAUUAAACGAGACCACGAUGAGAAGUUGCGCCCCGAGAUCUAUCCAUGUCAACUCUGCUGGAAAGACAAUGUCACGUUACUAGUCGGCUGGGCUAAUACUGUUAAAAUUUGUGUUGUGAAGGAACGACGCCAGCUGGAAGGAAAAGAUAUGCCCAACAGAUACGUGGAGAUCGUCAGUGCGUUUACAACGGAUUUCUACGUUUGCGGCUUAGCUCCGAUGAACAGUGACAUCGUUGUGAUUGCUUACAUCACCGCGGAGAUCACCGAAUGCGAUGAUGACACUGAGGAAAGCGAAGGUGCCUGGCGCCCCCAGUUGAAAAUCAUCACGCCUCUUGUCGAUGAUUACGAACUGGUAUCCGGCGAGGCGCUAUCAAUACGUGGCUUUCAGGAUUACCGGCCAAGUGAUUACCAUCUAGCACAUCUGGAAGGGGAGGGUGUAUUCUACAUCGUCAGCCCGAAGGACAUCGUUCUUGCUCGGAAACGAGAUAUGGAUGACCACGUCUCAUGGCUAAUGGAAAAUGAGAAGUUUGAGGAAGCACUAGCCGAGACCAAGGCCCAUGCUAAGGUCCUUCAGAGACACAAGGUCUUAGAUACAGGAAUGGCGUACUUGAACUAUCUCAUCAACGAAGGAGAAUUUGAAAAGGCAGCAAGUAUGUGUGAACCAAUCUUGGGCAAGCAGAAAGACCUGUGGGAGCAAGAGGUGUACCAGUUUGCCAAGCUCCACAAACUGAAGACUAUCAGCCCUUACAUCCCCAGAGGGGACCUGAGACUCAGCAAGGCCAUCUACGAGAUGAUACUCAAUGACUUUCUAAAGACAGAUCUUGAGGGCUUCCAUCAACUGAUCAAGGAGUGGCCGCCAGAUCUGUACGACCUCAUGACCCUAGUGUGUGCCGUACAGGACCGACUACUACGAGACCCUAAUAAUCGUAUCCUCAUGCAGACGUUGGGGGAGCUCUACUCUUAUGACCAGCGAUACGACAAGGCCCUGGCCAUCUAUCUCAAGCUUGGCCACAAGGAUGUUUUUUCCCUCAUACAUCGCCACAACCUCUUUGAUUCCAUCCAAUACAAGAUUGUGACUCUGAUGGAAUUCGACACGGAACGGGCCGUCAAUCUCCUCAUAGAGAACGUCACCAAAGUGCCUGUUAAGAAAGUUGUCGAACAGUUGGAAGAACACCCGGAGCUGCUAUAUCAUUACCUCGAUGCCUUAUUCCACAAACAUCCCAACCUUAGCCAGGACUUCCAGGCUCUCCAAGUGAAGCUCUAUGCCGAGUUUAACCGGGAUAAACUCCUGCCCUUCCUACGGAAUAGCCAACACUGUCCCAUGGAAGUUGCGCUGGAAGUCUGUGAACAGAGGCGGUUCAUCCCAGAAAUGGUCUUCCUGUUGGGUCGAAUGGGUAACACAACUCAAGCCUUAAGGCUGAUCAUAGAAGAGAUGGGGGACGUUGAUAGAGCCAUAGAGUUUGCUAAAGAGCACGAUGACACGGCACUAUGGGAUGAACUCAUUGAUGCAUCAAUGGAUAAACCAUCUUUUAUAACUGGGCUUUUGAACAAUAUCGGCACACAUGUGGACCCCAUCAUUUUGAUCAAUCGCAUCAAGGAAGGGAUGGAGAUCCCAGGACUGAGGGAUUCCUUGGUCAAGAUUCUUCAAGACUACAACCUUCAGAUCUCUCUGCGGGAAGGCUGUAAGAAGAUCUUAGUCUCGGAUUGCUUUGCUCUGCUGGACAGGCUUAACCGAAGCCAGAAGAGAGGGAUCAAAGUGGAAGAUGAUCAUCAUUGCGAUAGCUGUCAUGAUCAGAUCCUUGUUGGUGAAUCCCAGCCGAGUGUUGUCGUCUUCUACUGUCAUCAUACCUUCCAUGAGGAAUGCAUGAUAGCUCAAAAUAUGGAGAAUUGCAUGAUUUGCCACUCUCAGCGCAAGGGACCAGGAAGCAUCAUGGCCGCGUUCAGAUGAUCGGAUAAUAAUCUCAACCUCUCAAGUUAUGAACUAUUGAGGGCGCUAUUGCUCAUCCCAUGGAACGACAUCCAGGGCAAUGCUGUGCUUUAAUCUCCCACUGUGGUGGUUGGGUUCUGGGUUUAAGUCAGCAAAAGACAAAAGUAUUCAAUACCAUGUGACAUUGUGUGUGGAAAGUUGUAACAGAAAAAACAACUGGAACAAUGAAUGCAGGUUGUCAAAGGCCUAUGUGGCAGGAGAUUCUGUGCCCCCCCCCCCCCCCCAAUACAGCGAACUGUGUACAAACUUCUUCUGAUAGCGCCCUCUUUUGAAUCAUCCACCUUCAAACUACAUUAAUUUUCCAUAUGGGGGAACAGAUUCUCUGGCGGACAGAUUUUCCUGGGACACCUGCAGCCAAAAUGGCUGUAGAGGGCGGCAUGAAAUAACUUUCAUUAGGCGGGACUGACGUACUCAGUUUCAAGAGCCCUUUUCAAAAUGCGUGGCUUGGGCUAAGGCAGCCCUAAUCAUAGACUCCUUUCUUUUGUAUGUAGUGUUAGUGUACAACGAAACAAGUCUGUGAUUAGGGCUAGGGCUAAGGCAGUUUACGCCCAUUUAAAGUCACAUACCGAAAGCGUACAUCUUAAAGACAGUGGACACUAUUGGUAAUGGUCAAAGACCAGUUUUCUCACUUCGUGUAUCUCAACAUAUGCACA